UUUGAAACAGAAAGCUGAAAAAGCUGAAAUACUUCGGCAAUAUAAUGAGUAUAGAGAAGACUAAACAAGACGUAAAUAGCAUUAAUAAAUCUGUAAUGGAAAUACAGAAGCAUCUAGAAUGCUCUAUAUGCUUGGAAAUGCUGAGUAAUCCCUAUUCUACAAAAUGCAACCAUCAGUUUUGUUGGGAAUGUAUAAACAAUUUCAUCCAAAGAUGCGGCAAGAAAUCUACCAACAAGUGGUUCUGUCCUCUUUGUAAGAGUUCAGUCUCUCGUCGAAGCCUGACUGCUAAUCCUAAACUUGCGGAAAUCAUUAAUGCAGUUCACGGCUUAAAAAAUGCUAUCGUUGCAGACACAGAAUGUACUCAAGAUGAUACUAGGUAAACCUAAAAAAA